GGCGACGUGGUGGUUUCAGCAGGACAACAAAUGUACUAAGAGGCGCUGUUACUGCUUAAAUGCAGGUUACAUCUUUGUGGACUUGACACCUCACAGCUUGUGUAAUUUUGCAAUUGCCUUGUGCUGGAAGCAUAAAUGGAUCCACUAAUUAGACGAAGACUUCCUCCCUCCAUGAGAGCCCUCCUGACAGAUAUCGCUCCAAGGCAGGAGUGGACUGACACAGACGGAGACACCGUGUCCAGAGAUGGGAUUCUACUCCCCUCCAGAGGAUCUGAUGAGUUUCUCACCCCAGCCAAGACCCAAGAAGAGGAGGUUGCAGAAGAAGGGGGUGAUACCAGGAAGGGUUCAGUGUGCAUGUUGUGCAAAUGCAAACCCUCCUCCUACACCUGCCCACGGUGUAACUUGCCAUAUUGUAGCUUGGCAUGCUACCGAAGUCCAGACCACUCUGAGUGCUCUGAGGAGUUUUACAAGGAGUCAGUUUUACAGGCGUUGAAGGAUAUGGGCAAAACGGAAAGUGAGGGGAGAAAGAAAAUGCAGGACAUUCUGAUUGGACUCAGACAAAAAGCAGAAAGAACAGCUGGGGGGAUGGAGACUCUAUUAAGAGAUGUUGGUUUUUGCCCGGAUAGCAGUGAGGAAGAGAAAGGGGAAGCGAAGGAGAGAGUAGAAGUUGUAGAGCUCCUAUCCAGGUUAGCAGAACUUCAACAGUCUGAGGAUGGAAACACAACUGAGAUUCAAGGUAUUUUAAGAAAACUUAAAGAAAUUGGUGAGUGUGACGAGCUGCUGCCUGGAGAACUUGAUGAGGAAGCUGAAGGUGCAGCAGAAGAGCUACACUUGGCUGGCCGGCUCUCUGGGCUGGACCUUGACAGGCUUUCAGAAGAAGAACUGUGGGAACUUCUGAACAGCAAAGAGAAAGAGAUGUUUCUGGGCCUGAUCAAAGGUGGAACUUUGGGAAGACUGGUACCCCUGUGGAAGCCAUGGUGGGAGGAGCAUGAGGAGGAUGGAGCAAAGGCGUUGGUGGAGGUGCUUGAGGAAGAAGUGUGCAACCUGGAGAAUGGUAAUGCAACAUUUAUGGACGAUUAUAAGGUCAAGACACUGCAGGAAAAGGUUACGAGUGAACACAAGGUGAAAAAGACUAAGGAGGGAAAUAAAAAGCACACAAGCAAGGCAAGUGAAACAGUCCACAAUGUGCCUCCAGUUUCUGCAAAAAUUCCAAAGCUGAGUUCCCUCUGCUCCAAACCAUCUCCUUUGGUAUGCUACGGGCUGGUUAAUGCACUUUUUAGCUACACCUUCACCCUGGGUCUGUUUAAUGGCGACACAGAUUCACUGAUGUUUGAAUUUUGUGACAUGAUUUUGGCUUUGUCUGAAGCUCUGAACUCAAACAGGGUCUUCAGCUCUGUUCAGGAGGCCUUAGACUGUGGAGAAAAUGCUGUUUUGGGUGGAGGUUACCUUGACAGGGAAGAUAAACAUGCUUCUGGGAGGGCAACGGAAGCCGUAGCUCACAUCAUGACAGGCAGAAACAGAAUAGAUGCGACAGGAUACUGUCUAGCAGCACUGAGUCAGCUCCGCUCUGUGCUUUCCAAGGCCAGAUCAGCCAUGCCAAAAGAUGGAGAAGAAGGGACAAAAAGACAGAAGUAUUUUCUAGCAAGCAAGAAGUGUGAAUUCUUUCAAGCCUGGGUGUUGGAUAAUAGUCAUCACAUUCUCAGGCUGGCUGUUGAGUUGUGGAAUGAACACAGUAAAUGGGACAGGGAAAGGAACAGCACGGAGAAAGCAAAGGCUGUAGUUGAGGAGAGCUGGAAGAAAGACAAGAAGAAAGGGAAUGGCUGCUUGAUUGAAGAAUUGAGCUGUUAGUUUGUGAAUUUACCCUUUGAUUAUUAUUUUUUAUGUUUGUAAAACUAGGUAAUGGUAACUGGGCAUGAAGACAGUCAGGGCUACGGCACUCUGACAUAUGACCAAGUGUGUGCCACAUUUGGUCCAAACUGGGUUGAAAAUCAAAUUCCUUGACCUUUGCCAAAAUGAACUGUUUAUGGGUGAUUUUAGGGUCAACCUUCCUCAGCAUACAAACUUUAGUAGAAAUCAGCAAAAGCACAGGCAGAUAUGACCUCAACCCAAUGAUUGACCUUUGGCAAAGUUCUACCUGCUGGGCAGUUCCAGGACCCACCUCCAUUUGUGUGCCAAGUUUGGUGGAUGUUAGCGUAAAAUAAAAAUAAAUAAAUCUAAAUGCUUACCUUUGCUCCAAUGACCUUGGGCUGAGGUCAACAGUUGACCUUCAUCCGUGUACCAUAUUUGCAGGGAAACAGACAAAAGACCUGGGAGGAGUGGUGGUCCACACAAACUCUACUCAGAUUAUAUGGUAUGAUUAUAUGGUAUGAUUAUAUACUAUAGUAAUGCCAUCUAACAUUAUUUUUUUCCUUCCCUGGUGGUGAAAAAUAGAUCUGACAGAAAUGACAAGUGGAAGCUGAAAUACAAGUGUAAGAAAUUUCAAGAGAUAAAAUGAGUGAGGUGAGAUGAGGUUUUUACAAUUUGUCUGUUGUUUCUUUUAAAAUAAAUAUACUUAUAUUAAAAAUGAUGUGACAUGAAAUGCAUCUAUAAACAUCAAAAUUACAAGCAUAUUGGAUGUUUUUUUUUUUUUUUGGGCUUUGGCAGCUUUUGUAUCAACAUCAUGUAAAAAUAAAUGAAUCAUUUUUAUG